AUGGCCGGCAACACCCCCCGCGUUCCGUUAUCGGCGACCCUCCCGCCGCUGAUAAUGGGCACCGCGACCUUCAACUCGCAGUACAACGAAGACCCCUACGCCCUUCCGACGACGGAACUGGUGCACCGCGCGUUCGCCAGUGGCGUUCGUGCUUUCGAUACUUCUCCCUACUAUGGCCCCGCAGAAGACCUCCUCGGCCGCGCCCUGGCCACAGACUUCGUACAGUCGAAUUUUCCCCGAAGUUCGUAUCACCUUCUCACCAAGGUCGGACGGAUCGCCGGCUCGUCGUUUGAUUAUUCUCCGAAAUGGGUCAGAAAAAGCGUUGCCAGGAGUCUGCGUCGUCUUCACACUGAGUACCUGGACGUAGUAUACUGCCAUGAUGUUGAAUUUGUCUCUCCGAGAGAGGUUCUGGCGGCAGUUCGCGAGUUGCGCCGGAUUCGUGAUGCAGAGGGUACGAUUCGCUACGUGGGUAUCUCCGGGUACCCAGUUGAUGUGCUGUGUGACCUGGCCGAAUUGGUGUUGCGCGAGACCGGCGAGCCGCUUGAUGUAGUCAUGUCCUACGCCAACUUUACCCUGCAAAACACACGACUUCUGACGCAGGGUCUACCCCGUCUUGUCGCAGCUGGUGUGGACGUUGUCCCGAACGCAUCCCCUCUCGGCAUGGGUCUAUUGCGAAGAAAGGGCGUGCCAAUUGGCAGUAUGGGCGAUUUCCACCCAGCACCAAAUGGCCUUCGGACAGCCAUCCGCAACGCCGCAGAGUGGGCAGAUACCCAAGGCGAAAAGAUUGAAGUUAUUGCAAUCCGCUUCGCGCUCGAGUCUUGGCUGCGCGACGGUGCAAAGGCAGGCGCUCUCGGUCCCCCUCUCGCGCGCAGCCCUGACUCAGACCCGAGCUUCCUCUCCGCUGCAAACAUGGGCACAGGCGAACGUUUGGGCGUGAGUGUCAUGGGCGUCAGUAACAUUGAGGAAUUAACCGAGACUCUUCGUGUUUGGCAUAGUAUUGUCGACGGCCUCGAGAACAAAGACGACGACGCUGAGGAUCUUGAACUGGUGGCAAAUGCAUCCACUGUCCCCUCUGCACCCAGCGCACCAGCCAUCCUCACACCCUCCGAUGGUAUCAUCACAGACCGCGUGUGGUCCCGCGAGCGCCGCAGCCGUAUCCUAUAUCUUGCAAAGGAGAUCCAGUCUAUCCUCUCCCCUAUGUGGGUGGAUUAUACAUGGCCCAGCCCUGGUCCAGACUUCGUAAAUACCUUACCAGCCGACCAUAUUGCCGCACUGAAUGAGCAACCAGAGAAACCGGACAAAAACAAUGCUAUGAUGACCCCUCCCUUGGAUGCGCAACGGGAGAUCGAGAUACCCGCGGACAAUGUUCCGUCACUAUGA